AUGGCCUUGGUACCUGUGUAUUGUCUUUGUCGACAGCCUUACAAUGUGAACCACUUCAUGAUUGAGUGUGACCUGUGCCAGGACUGGUUUCAUGGUAGCUGUGUUGGGAUUGAAGAAGAAAAGGCUGUUGACAUUGACAUCUACCACUGCCCAGACUGUGAGGCUGUAUUUGGGCCUUCCAUUAUGAAAAAAUGGCAUGGAUUAUCUAAAGAGUGUGAAGCUCUCCAGAGGGAGCCAGUGAAGACUGGGAGCUCUAUCUUUAUUCACCAAAUCCAGGGUAAGAUUUUUGACAGCUCUGACAAAGUGAUUUUGAAGCCCACAGGAAGUCAGUUGACAGUGAAAUUCCUGGAAGAAAGAAGUUUCAGUAUACCUAUCCUUGUCUUGAAGAAAAAUGGGUUGGGAAUGACACUUCCACCAACAUCAUUCACUAUCAGAGAUGUUGAACAAUAUGUUGGUUCUGACAGAGAGAUUGAUGUGAUUGAUGUGGCAUGUCAGGCUAGCAGCAAGAUGAUACUGGGUGAUUUUGUGAAUUAUUAUUACAGCAGGAAGAGGAAAAAAGUCUUUAAUGUUAUUAAUUUGGAAUUCUCUAAUACUAGACUUUCAAAUAUAGUAGAGAUGCCCAAGAUAGUUAGUAAGCUUUCCUGGGUUGAAAAUCUAUGGCCAGAAGAGUGUGGCUUUGAGAGACCCAAUGUACAGAAGUAUUGCCUUAUAAGUAUGCAGGAUAGCUAUACAGAUUUUCACAUUGAAUUUGGUGGCACUUCAGUCUGGUAUCAUGUACUUAAGGGUGAGAAGAUCUUCUACCUGAUCCACCCAACAGAUGCUAACCUGACUCUUUUUGAGUGUUGGAGCAACUCUUCUAACCAAAAAGAAAUAUUCUUUGGUGACCAGGUAGACAGAUGUUACAAGUGUUCUGUGAAGCAAGGACAGACAUUUUUCAUUCCUUCAGGAUGGAUCUAUGCUGUGCUGACCCCUGUGGAUUGCCUAGCAUUUGGGGGAAACUUCUUACACAGUUUAAACAUUGAAAUGCAGCUCAAAGCCUAUGAGACUGAGAAGCAUCUGAGCUCAACAGCUCUCUUCAAGUUUCCAAGCUUUGAGACCAUCUGUUGGCAUGUGGGAAAGCACAUCCUGGACAUCUUCGAAGGUUUGCGGGAGAAUGGGAGAUGUCCUGCAUCCUACUUGGUCCGUGGUGUUAAAGCUCUAAACUUGGCCUUUCAAGCCUGGACAAGGAAAGAAGUUCUGCCAGACCAUGAGGAUGAGAUCCCAAAGACAGUGCAGACUGUCCAGCUCAUUGAAGAUCUGGCUAGGGAAAUUUGUCUGGUUGAAGAUACCUUCCAACAGAAAACCCCAAAGAAAAGUACUAUCUUUAGGCUCCAGCAGUUCCAUACCAAUUCCUCUUUCUUAACUAGGCCAGCUCAUUCCACUUCAGUAUUCAAGUCUACAUUAUCACUGCCCUCCAAAAGUGGUUCAGAAAAGAAAAGCCCAAAGUAUAAUAUCUUCAAGAAGGAAGAACAAACAAGCAAAGAGAGUCCAGCUCUGGGGCCUAAUUAUCAACAUAGCUGUAAUUUCAUGGAUCUAAAUAGUCAUCAACAAUGGAAGGUGGCCUCUUCCCAAAAUGUAGAGUUUAACAUCACUAGUACUUGUUUGAAUGACUCAGAUGAUAACUCAAAAUAUGACAAAAUCUUUGAUGGAAAUGAGAGCCUGGUGCCUCUGUUGAUGGCUAAUGGCAGUGCCAAGAGACUGAAGAGCUUGUCCAAUUCUUGGCAAGCCAAAAUCAUAAAGAAGGAAGAUAAAUCAAGGUUGGUGGAAGAACAAGUGAUGGUGAACAAGUUUGACUUGGAUUCAAAUGAUGAGCUGCAGACUGAAAAGAGAUUGGGCAAAGAGAAAGUGAGUCUGGUAGUAAGACCAAAAAUUCCCCCAAAUUUGCCCCAUGUGAAGUUUUGCUCUGACCAAAACCAAAGUCAUGAACCAGGGAAAACUGAGAUCACCAUUGCAGAGAACUAUGAAAUAGAUGAGGAAAUGGUAGAAGGGGCUGAAGGCAACCUUAAGAAUGGAAGUGAAUUUGAUGGAAUUCUUGAUCCACUUAAGGCCAGGAAACAGGUAGGAGGACCUGGCUGUGUUGUCCUUACUUAUGACCCAGACUCUUCCAGCAAUAAGGAGGUUAUUCAGGACACUAUGUUCAUGGCUGAAUUGCAGUCCUCACCCCUUUCACCAGCUCCCUCCAGCCUUCAGGGAUUUUGGAGUGGGGGGCAAGACCAAGGCAACAAAAGUCCAAGCAAUGUAUUGGGCACAGCAUCUAACAGUAAUGUUUCUCAGCACAUCCCAAGAAAAUGGCCCAUCAAGCGGCUAGCAUACUGGAGAACUGAAAGUGAGGAGGAAAAUGCCUAUGUGGAUGAGCAGGACAGCUUGGGAGCAUGCUUCAAGGAAGUUAAGUAUACCUACUUAUCCCUGGAAUCUGAUGAUGAUGAUGAUGAUGAUGAUGAUGAUGAUGAUGAUGACGAUAACCCUGUUUUGAGAUCUCUAUCAAAGAAAAGGAAGAUAUCAGAUAAUGACCCACAGAUUCCUCAGGCAGGUGAGAUCCCAACACUACUGAAGCAGGAUCAUCCUGUGCUUGAGGGUACCAGAGUUGCCUCCAUUGAGAGAGGCUUGGCUACAGCAGCUACAAAGUUGGCACAGCAGGUGAACAACAUGAAGCUCUCUCUCUGA